UCUAGCUCUGCCUGCUUAGAACUCUGCCCAGCCAGGAAGGAAACCUACAGGAAGAAGAAUGGCUGCAGGGUGGCUGACAACCUGGUCACAGAACUCCGUGACCUUCCAGGAAGUGGCAGUGGACUUUUCCCAGGAGGAGUGGGCAUUGCUGGACCGUGCUCAAAAAAAUCUAUACAAAGAUGUGAUGCUGGAGAACUUUAGGAACCUGACCUCAGUGGGGUAUCAGCUCUGCAGACACAGUCUGAUCUCCAAGGUGGAUCAAGAAGAGCUGAAGACAGAUGAAAGAGGAAUUCUACAAGGUGACUGUGCAGACUGGGAAAUUCGACUUAAAUCAAAAGAUGCAAUUGCUAUGCAGAACAUUCCUGGGGGAAAAACAUCCAAUGGCAUAAACAUGGCAGAAAAUCAACCUGGUAAGAACUCCCUGGAGUGUAACCAUUGUGGGAAAUUCAGAAAGAACACUCUCUUUAUUUGUACAAGAUAUUGCAAGGGAGAGAAAUGCUAUAAAUAUACAGAGUAUGGCAAAGUCUUCAACCGUCCCUCAACUCUUAGGAGUCAUGUGAGCAUUCACAUUGGAGAGAACACUCUUGAAUUUACUGAUUGUGGAAAAGCUUUCAAUCAAGAGUCAUCCCUUGGGAAACACUUAAGAACUCCCACAGGAGAGAAGUGUCAGGAGUAUGAUCAAUGUGAUAUGUCCUUCAGCCUUCACUCUUCCUGCUCAGUACAUGAGCAAAUACCUACUGGAGAGAAAGGCGAUGAAUGCAGUGACUAUGGCAAGAGAUCUCCCCUUAGUGUCCACAGAAAAAUUGGUAGUGUGGAGGAGGGUCUGGAAUGUAAUGAACAUGAGAAAACUUUCACUGACCCUUUGUCCCUUCAGAACUGUGUCAGAACUCACACUGGAGAGAUGCCCUAUGAAUGCAGUGACUGUGGGAAAGCCUUCAUUUUUCGGUCUUCCCUUCAGAAACACACGAGAUCUCAUACUGGAGAGAAGCCUUAUGAGUGUGAUCACUGUGGAAAAUCCUUUAGCCAGAGCUCUCAUCUGAAUGUGCACAAAAGAACUCACACUGGAGAGAAACCCUAUGACUGUAAAGAAUGUGGGAAGGCUUUCACUGUUCCUUCAUCCCUUCAGAAACAUGUGAGAACCCACACUGGAGAGAAACCGUAUGAAUGCAGUGACUGUGGAAAAGCCUUUAUUGAUCAGUCAUCCCUUAAGAAACACAUACGCUCUCACACUGGAGAAAAGCCUUAUGAGUGUAACCAGUGUGGAAAAUCCUUCAGCACAGGCUCUUACCUUAUUGUGCACAAGAGAACUCACACUGGUGAGAAAACCUAUGAGUGUAAAGAAUGUGGGAAGGCCUUUAGGAAUUCCUCUUGCCUGAGGGUACACGUGAGAACUCACACUGGAGAGAAGCCUUACAAAUGUAUUCAGUGUGAAAAAGCCUUUAGCACAAGCACUAACCUUAUAAUGCACAAGCGAAUCCACACUGGCCAGGAACUCCAUGAAUGAAAUGACGACAGGAAAGUGUUUGUUGCCCCUCAUGCCUCCUUUCUCACUUCAGAACAUACAUUGCAGAGAAGCCCUGUUAUGGCCACAUGGAAACAGCCUUCUGGCCCAACUCUGGCUGGCUGUUACACUGGGACAAACCUUAUAAAUGUUAUAGUGCUGAUUCUUUUUAUCAGUGAGUAUUUCAUUCUUAUGUGUCACAACUUAUUAAGUAUAUUAUGUAGAUCUUAUAGUUAUCUUUUCAGUUUAAUUCCAUUGUGAACAGAAUACAUGGUCUUCAAUAUGUAGAUUCUUUGUGAUAUAGAUUUGAACAUAAUUGCUGGACACUGAUGUACUGAGGCAGACAGAACUAGUUGCUGUCUCAAUAUCGAUUCCUCCCUUCUUUGUUAAAGUAAUAAAAUUUACUAUUUAGUUCAA